CCUUCGCACCCUGGCAGGCAUCUGGGAGAGUAAACAAGGAGCAGCCAUGGAGAAGAGUUACGUGUCCAUGUUCCUGCUGCUCGUCGCUGUCUCCUGUGCUCUGGCAAAGGAUGCGGCCAAGGAGACAAAGGAGACUACUGUUAAACCAAAACUGCCUCAGACACUCUCCAGAGGCUGGGGAGACCAGCUCAUCUGGACGCAGACGUACGAGGAAGCCCUCUUCCGCUCCAAGCACAGCAACAAACCCCUGAUGAUUAUCCACCACUUGGAUGAAUGCCCGCACAGCCAAGCACUCAAGAAGGUCUUUGCUGAAAGUAAAGAUAUACAGAAGUUGGCUGAAAAGUUCAUUCUCCUGAACCUUGUGUAUGAAACCACAGACAAGAAUCUUUCACCUGAUGGCCAGUAUGUCCCCCGGAUUUUGUUCAUAGAUCCUUCCCUGACUGUGAGAGCAGAUAUUACUGGAAGAUACUCAAACCGUCUCUAUGCAUAUGAGCCCUCUGACAUUUCAUUGUUGUAUUCAAAUAUGCAGAAAGCGCUGAAACUCCUGAAGACUGAACUGUAAAGGGAAGGAAGCCCUUAAAUACUAUGAAGUCUGAUCUUCCAUGUCUUCUCCAUUCAUUGGAACUGGUAAAGAGACUAUGUAGGAUGAUAUUUAGUGAUGUAUAGUGCUGGUUUAUAUACAUAAGCACUACAGUUUUACAUUAGUACUUUUGUACUGGGCAGCAUUUUUAAAAGCUGGAGGCUUUUAAUUUAAGGCGUACAGAAGAAUACUGUAUGAUCCAACUGUAAAAAUGAUUUUUUUUAAAAAUAAAUCCAUUUCAAGUGUUUACAUACAAAA